GGGCGGUUUUCAAACAUAAUUUCAAAACGUAAAUUAGAACCCAAGAGCAAAAAAAGGAGGUUUAAUCGAGACAAUGUCAACAUCCACAAAAGAGGCAGGCUGUGCACAAUAUGUGGGACCGUACCGGCUUGAGAAGACACUUGGAAAAGGACAGACAGGGCUGGUGAAGCUCGGCAUUCACUGCAUUACGGGGCAAAAGGUUGCAGUAAAGAUUGUAAACCGCGAGAAGUUGACAGAGUCUGUCCUCAUGAAGGUGGAAAGAGAGAUUGCUAUCCUGAAGCUGAUCGAACACCCUCACGUACUGAAGCUCCACGACGUCUAUGAAAAUAAGAAAUAUUUGUAUUUAGUGCUGGAACAUGUGUCUGGAGGGGAAUUGUUCGAUUACCUCGUCAAAAAGGGAAGACUGACACCAAAAGAAGCUCGCAAGUUUUUCCGACAAAUUAUAUCUGCACUGGAUUUCUGUCAUAGUCACUCCAUCUGCCACAGAGAUUUGAAACCAGAAAACCUUCUCCUGGAUGAAAAGAACAACAUCCGAAUUGCGGAUUUUGGAAUGGCUUCCCUCCAGGUUGGUGAUAGCCUCCUGGAGACCAGUUGUGGGUCUCCGCAUUACGCCUGUCCAGAGGUCAUCAGGGGAGAGAAGUACGACGGGCGGCGGGCAGACGUGUGGAGCUGUGGUGUCAUCCUCUUUGCACUUCUGGUGGGUGCGCUGCCCUUCGACGACGACAAUCUUCGGCAGCUGCUGGAGAAGGUGAAGCGAGGGGUCUUCCACAUGCCUCACUUCAUUCCCCCCGAUUGCCAGGGCCUGCUGCGGGGCAUGAUCGAGGUGGAUGCAGAGAAACGCCUGUCGCUGGAACAGAUUCAGAAGCACUCCUGGUAUCAAGGAGGCAGGAACGAGCCUGAACCAGAACAGCCCAUCGCUCGGAAAGUGAUGAUCUGUCGGCUCCAGUCGGUGAGCGACAUUGACCCUGACGUCCUGGACAGCAUGAACUCCCUUGGCUGCUUUCGAGACAAGAACAAACUGAAGCAGGACCUGCUGUUUGAGGAGGAAAACCAGGAGAAAAUGAUCUACUUCCUGUUGCUUGAUCGGAAAGAGCGAUAUCCUAGCUGUGAAGAUGAGGAUCUGCCUCCACACAAUGACGUUGACCCUCCCAGGAAGCGGGUCGACUCGCCUAUGCUGAACCGACAUGGAAAGCGUCGGCCCGAGAGGAAAUCGAUGGAGGUUCUGAGCGUGACAGACGGCGGAUCCCCAGUACCUGCACGCCGGGCUGUCGACGUGGUCCAGCAUAGUCAGCGGUCUCGCUCGGUCAGUGGAGCUUCCUGCGGACUGUCUUCCAGCCCACUCAGCAGCCCCAGGCCCAUCCGUAAGUUCUCUGUCCCUCCUCAGAGCCCUGUCUUUAGCUUCUCGCCCGCCUCACCCGAGCGCGACGCUUGUGCGGACUUCUGUCACCAGCCUGGCACCGUGUGGCAAUCGAAACUCACGCAUCACCACCACCAUCACCGCCAGCCUGACCCCAAGACACAAACGCUGCCGGCCAAGGCCAGCCUGAGUGAGAAGCCACUGCAGCCGAUCAGAUCCAACCCUCUCCCCAUCAACCUUGCAGCAACCUCCCCUUCCCACACCCCCCAGAGCCACCACCCCACCCCAUCUCCCCCCCACCACCCCAUCCCCUCUCCCCCCUUCAUUCCUUCUGGCCCUGCUCGUUUUUUCCCAAGUACUAAAACCAGCGCCAAAUCUAUCCCUGCCACACAGGUGACCCCUCACCCCUCCCCUAGAGGCAGUCCCCUCCCCACCCCGCUGGGAACCCCCGUUCACACGCCAAAGGAGAGCCCCAGCAGUACGCCCAACGCCACGCCGCCCUCCAGCCCCGGGGUUGGAGGAGUACCCUGGAGGACCCGCCUCAACUCCAUCAAGAACAGCUUCCUUGGCUCGCCACGGUUCCAUCGGAGGAAAUUGCAAGUUCCAACAGAGGAAAUGUCGAGCCUGACGCCGGAAUCAUCUCCAGAACUUGCCAAGAAAUCAUGGUUUGGAAACUUCAUUAACCUGGACAAAGAGGAACAAAUAUUUGUUGUCAUCAGGGAUAAACCUCUGAGCUCCAUCAAAGCAGACAUUGUUCACGCCUUCCUCUCGAUUCCCAGUUUGAGUCACAGUGUUAUUUCACAAACCAGCUUCCGUGCUGAGUACAAAUCAGUAGGAGGUCCAACUGUCUUCCAGAAACCGGUGAAGUUCCAGGUGGACAUCACAUAUGCAGAAGGAACUGAGGCACAGAAAGAGAAUGGGAUUUAUUCCGUCACUUUUACAUUAAUGUCAGGGCCCAGCCGCAGGUUUAAGAGAGUUGUGGAAACUAUUCAAGCACAGUUGUUAAGUGCACAUGACCAGCCUUUGGUUCAAGCACUUGCAGAUGAGAAAAACGGGCAGUUUAGCCACCCUUCAGGGACACCGAUCCGAGGAGCCCAGAGCAUGCCCAGGGCAUGGAAUGAUUCGGAGUCUGUGGAACACUUCAGACGAGGAGAUUCCAAGCACUCGUCAUCCUUGAAGGAGAAACCGAAGCUUUUAUCUUCCAAUGGCACCCAAAGUCAACCAUAAACUGAUGUAGCAAAAAUCUGACAAACUUUCUUGGGGGAGAAAAAAGACAUCUCAUGUUGUCUUUGAGGAUGUAAAUAUCUUUAAACAAGAAGAGAAAUGGAGCUGGAUAUGACCUCUAUGGUCCCAUUUCAUCUUAUUAUUUAAGGAUCGUAUGGGCCACCGCUUUAGGGAUGGGACCCGCACAUUCUGAGAUGAUCCACCUAUUACAUUCAAGUCUGCUUCAGGAAAUUAUGGGACUGGUGUCCUUGCCAGGAUAAUGUGGAAUUGAGGGUAAUGUUGCCCUGGAAACCUAGCCCCCUCUCCACCCCCACUUAUCUUCCUGUGUUCCCAGCAGGGUUAUGAGGGAGGAUAUCUGCUCAUCCAAAAUCUAGCCACAAAAUUUACAAAAUCGAACUCGUUGCGGCCAAAUGGAGCAAACCAGUUUGGGACGAGUCAAAGGGAAGGCAAGUAUGCUUCUGUUCAUUGGCAAUGCUGCAAAAUGAUGGGACCAAUCCUGUUUUAUGCAAAUACCUGCCUGUCCUGACAUAGCACAGCAGGCUUCUAUACUGAUGCACAGGAACCUGGGCCCAUGAAGCAAGCACAAACCAUCAACUGAACUGUUAAAGCAAAUGGCUUCAAAAGGGCAAGGAAAUAAAACAGCUGCUGUUCUGAAAACGUGUGAGACAUCUCCAGUGUUAACCAUCUCCUCCAUUCCCUGCCUCGGGGUGGUAGAGAAACCCACUUUCAGAUAUUGUGUUUAACUUCCAGAAGGAUUGUUUUAAACUUUCUGCUGUACAUCUGACACAGCUCUGGAUGAAGUUUCCUAUUAAGAGUGGCCCCGAGGGAAGCAGAGGUGACUAAGAAUCAAUUAGUGCAGUUCUGAAUUCUGGAUGGCAGGCUGGAACCCCAGGCUAACCUGUGAUUUACAUUUUAAGAGCAGAAUCCAACUGCCUGCGCUGGAAAAGUCUGACUGGUGCAGCCUGUCAAACCACAAGCUGGUGGAACGAUGGACUAGUCCAACUUUUUCCAGUACCCUGGUCCCAAAAGGUUCUUUGUCUCUCCCCACCCCUCUCUCACACACACACAGUUUCCCCUUGAAGUCACGGGUGCACAACACAAGAGAAAGAAACAGGCAAGAUCAUGGCCAAAGACAGUGGUUUAAAUUUAGCUUUUCUGCUAAAAAUUGCCAUAUUUUAUACUCCAACCGAUUUUCCUCUUCACUAUAUUCAAAGAACAAAAUUUUUGAAAGAGUUGCUAAAAGAGAAACAUUGAUAGAGGGAAGAUGACGAUUCUGGACUAAUGAUGAGUCAGGCACGUGUAACUAGAAAUGGUCACUCCUGACUAGGUCUAUUUGUAUCUGGCCCUGGAAACAGUAAACAUUGACAUUCAGAUAACAACAAGAGCAUAAACACUCACUCACUCAGUGGCUACUUUAUUAGGUAAAGGAGUGGACCUGAUGUGGCUUUCUGCUGCUGUAGCACACCGUUGUUCUAACAUGUGUUUACUUGAGUUACUGUCGCCUUCCUGUCAGUUUGAACCAGACUGGCCAUUUUCCUCUGACCGCUCUCAUUAACAAGGCAUUUUUGCCCACAGAACUGCUGCUCACUUUUGUUUUUGUUUUUGCACCAUUCUCUGUAAACUCUAGAAACUGUUGUGUGUGAAAAUCCCAGCUCAUCAGCAGUUUCUGAGAUACACAAACCACCCUGUCCGGCACCAACAAUCAUUCCACAGUCAAAGUCACUUUGAUCACGUUUCUUCCCCAUUCUGAUGUUUGGUCUAAAUAACAAGUGAAUCUUUUGACCAUGCCUGCCUGCUUUUGUGCAUUGAGUCGCUGUCACACGAUUAGCUGAUUAGAUAUUUGUAUUAAUGAGCAGGUGUACCUAAUAAAAUGGCCACUGGUUUGAUGAGCUGAGACACCCCGGCACACUUUGAUAUUUCAUAACUAUUUGCAAGCUACGUGGAUUGCAGAGUUAAGAAAUUUUUCCUUAUCCAUCCCAACCAGAAGUAUCUUGUAACUUGUGGUAAAGAUUAUCUUGAUAGAAACCUUUGGUUUAAUACCAAGUAUGGUUUGCUGAUUGAACACAAAACCAUAGAGAAAAAGUUCAUACCAGUUGAAAGUUGUACAACACACUCAUAUUUCACUUGCUGUAAGAGAGUUACAUUAGCUGCAUAUAGAGCACAAAUUCAUCCCCCUGCUCCAUGACCUCAGCCUUUAUUGCCUUGCAAGGUGAGGGAUGGGGGAGACAGGAGGUCACUGGGAUUGCAACUAAGAGGACUUUCCCCAGUCACAGACUCACAUUUCACAAUUUGAAUGCAGAAUACUUUCCCAUUCUAGAUGAAUUCUUACAGAAUGUUGGAACAGACCAGGCAAGCAGAGCUCAUUUUGCAGCUUUGAAAUUCCAUGGGUUUCUCUGAACCACCAUCUUCCCCAUCCCCCAGGGUUUCCAGUGGGUUGUUGUGGGAAGCUCCAAAAUUGGCCCUCCUAAGGAACACAGUCCUUUCAGUUGGAAGCCAAUCAGUUCAUCCUCCAAUGCUAAGGUAACAGCUCAUAACUGGAUCCCUGAGGGAAGAUUACCUGGCCCAUCGAAGCUCAUCUCUCCAUCCCUACUUGCAUUCCCACCACUGCCUUGUGUCCAUACCUCCUUUAGGCCCAAAGUGGAUUGCCUGGUUCAGGUGAUUAAGGUGUUGGGCCUUGCCUUGGGUUGCUCCUCAGCCCCCUCCCCAACCCCACACUGCCGAUCACUCCAUCCCUCUGUCUUUUACAUUGACUGAGGUAUCUGGGCUUCAGAGAAACUGCACAGUUCCAACAGCAAGCUAACCCACCCCCCCACAAAUGGCACAGUUUGGCCUGAGUUAGGUGACGUGUUUUACUCAUGACAGGAGAAGAUUAAACCCAAGCUUUGAUACUCCCUGUGUGGAUCUGCCACCAGUAUUUUUUUAAUACUCCUUCCUGGUUAUAGUUCUGUCUGUUGAACACCUGUAUGUACACAAUGUCUGUGUGCAUGUGUGCGUGCGUGUGUGUGCGUGCGUUUGUUAAUAAUAUGCAGUAAAGCUGAAUAUGCUGUGCCAUUUGUUUCAGAAGUUAUUACACAGCAUAACAUUCAAAGAAUUAAUAGUUUGCACCAGAUGAUUUUAAAAGCAGCAGGGCGCUAAAUGCAUUUCUCCUCCACUCACCAGUGAUUUUUUUCCUUUGAUUCCAUCAAUAUAAUAACUUCAUCAACUGAACAAACCUGUAAAUUUGUAUAUGAAUUUAGUGGGCUAGAUUAAAUUAACAAAUAAAGUCAUAUACGAGAAUUGCCAGUCUAACUUUAUGAUUUUAUUAUAUGCAAAUCUCAAACUGCAUAAAUUUAAAUAAAUUUGGAGGUAUGCAAAGCAGCAACACACAGAAUGCUGGAGGAACU